GCCUGGUGCACUGGCUGGUGGGAGCCUCCGGUCGCAGGCAUGACGACGCUCGUGUGGUGGCUUCUCAGCGUCGUGGGGCGGAGGUGGUGGAUUAGAGCGCUCCUAGUGGAGCCUGGGGUCUGCCGAUUCGCCGGCGACGACGUCGAUGACGGACGGGUGCUGCUGCACUACGUGGCAGAGGGCGGACGGGUCAUCCUGUCCCCAGAGGUUGACAUCUACGCGGAGGACAUGAGCUGCGGCAGGGCCGAGACCGGGCCUGCCCGGUCCAUCCCGCUGGCGCAGCGGGUGGGCAGGAUGCGGAGGCUGUAUCGCUUCGAGGAGACGCUGGGGCCUGAGGAUCGGGCCAGGACGCGGACGCGGGGCCGUCAGGCGGCGCUGUAUGUAGAGGCGGCGUCGCCUGAGCCGAGGGAGGCCGGGGCCGUGAGCGGCCCGCGGGUCUCGUGGCAGGAGGCCGCUGGCAGGCGGCUGGCCGCGGAGCGGGGUGGCCUGCUGUGCCUAAGCAUGGCCGUGGCUCGCCUGGUGGGGACGCCGCUGGGGGCUCCUGCUGGGGGAGACACCUGGGUCGGCCGCAGUGGCUUGCCCGGCGAUGAGAUCGGGGCGGAGGUCGACGUGGCGAAGACUGGAGGCCUGAGCUUCGAGGACGGGCUUGAGGCGUUCGGCGUGCUGAGGUCCGCCGACGGUGGCACGGGGCGACUCGGCCGACUGGGCGCGGGGUCGGACGCUGGGCGCCUGGCCGAGGAGGAGGCUUUCAGGCAUGACCUAGGCAGGAGCCAGGCGCGUGCCGAGGGCCCCGAGCGCCGACGCACUGCGGCCGCGGCGCCACUCGAGGGUGAGGAGCCCGCCGGGCCCAUACGCGGCACAGCUAUGCCUGGGCUGGCGCAGCCGCCCCUGGCGGAGCCGCUGGGCGAGCAGCGAGACGCCCUCGUCCGCACGCUCCGGGUCUUCUACGACGAGCAGGGCGGACGGGUCAGACGAUGGCGAUACGUGGUAGGCGAGUCGAGGCAGGGGCGCCGCCCAGACGCACAGGUGGGCAGACCGCCUGGGGCUCUCCACAAGCGCGAGCACAUGGUGAGGCACGGUGGCGACCCGCGUCUCGAGCCCGACUUCGCCGUAUGCGUGGGGGGCCGUGAGGAGAAUGACUGGGUGGUGCAGAAGCUGAGGACGAUCGUGGAGGCCUGGUACCAGGGCUUAUUACGUGUCCAGCUGAACAUGAGCGGCCUUAUGAUGGUGGGGGAGAUGACUCACCGCGGGACCGCCAUGCUGGAGGCCCACGGGGACCUGCCCAAGCCGAGCUGGGGCAUCUUCGCGGACGUGAGCUCGGAGCAGGACGUCUCGGGGUCAGAGCUCAGGGGCUACAUCCACCAGGGGGUACGCUACGCGGGGCGCCUGCAAGGACCGUCGGCGGAGCAGAAGGAGCUGGAGGCGACGCAGCAGGAGCGGGGCGUGGUGGCGGCCGAGGCGGCCGCGGACGCGCCCGGCUUCCUGCCGCUCCCGCUGCUGGGCGACGCUGGCCGCCGAAUUCGCGGCAGGUCUUGCAGGGCGAGGCAGUUCGGCCGUGAGAAUCGAAUUGCGUCGGAGGUCAACGGUAUCGUCGAUGCCGCCAACUGGAUGUCGGGGUACGACUCGCUUCCUGGCCCAGCCAAUGACAUGCAGCGGGAUGUACUUGCGCGCUUCGAGGGCCUCGUUCGGGGCCGGCAGCCGGACGCCAAGUUGCAGGAUCCGCAGGCGGCCCUCCGGGAGCUGCUGCGGGGCCGUUCGCCAUGCGACGGGCGCAGCGGCCCGACGACGGUCGCCUCCUACAGUGCAGGGCUCGUCAGCAUGCCGAUGGACGUGAGCGGCUGCCCGCGUCUAGAGGACCUCUUGCCUGGCGAGGCCCUUACUUUCCUGCAGGAGCGCCAUGAGCGCAUGUUGCGAGAGUCACCCUUGCCGACUGACGUCGGGCCGUACUUCGACUCGGUCCUCAAGUUCAACCACAAGGAGUACCGCAGCCUGGUGCGCCGGCUGCUAUCGGCUGGCAUUCUGGUCGACGCCCGCCGUGCGAACGCCCACUUCAAGGACCCUCCUGGGGUGGAGCUUUUGAGCAGCGAGGGCCUUGCCAGAAUCGAGGUGCACGUGCCAGACGCGGGCUUCUCGAACUACGAGGACCUCCGCGCCGCGCUGGAGGCGCAGCAGGUGUACAUCGGCAUGGCGGACGUGAAGGACUGCUUUCAUCGGAUGCGUAUUGAUUCGGCCCUCUCGCAAUACUUCUGCCUGCCGCCGGUCAAGGCUGGGGCCUUCGGCGUGACCGAGGUCGAGGGGACCAAGGUGCAGACGUCGACGGCCAUCUACCCCUGCUGGCAGGCGCUGCCCAUGGGCUUCAGCUGGUCCCUCUACUUCGCCCAGCGGGCCAACGAGGAGGUGAGCCGCCGCAGCAGCGCGCUCCUUCGGGGGCCCGGUCUUUCAGACCAUGGGCCACCGCUCGUGUUCGCGCCGGGCAGAGCGUCCCAGGAGGUCAGGCACUACGUGCACGUUGACAACCUGGGGGUCUUCUCGCUUUUCUCUGAAUUCGUGAGCGGCGUGAUGAACCAGCUGACAGGCGAGUUCACCAAGCUGAGCCUACUGCUGCACAAAGACGAGCUGGUGCCGGACAAGGCAGUGGCGCUGGGCACGGAGAUCGACGGGGGCCUAUUGCGCACUCGUGUGACCAGUGAUCGGUUCUGGCGCUGCCGCCAGGCCGUGCGAGGCCUCCUAGCCCGCCGCCGUGUCAAGGGGUGGGCCGUGGAGGCAGUGCUGGGCCACCUAACCUUUUGUGGCCUCUGCUCUCGCGGCACCUUGUCAGCCUUCAAUUCAGUUUACGGCUUCGUGCGAGCCCACUACGACGAGGCUGCCGUGCUAUGGGCUGAGGCGCGGCAAGAGCUGGCGGCCUUCAGCUCUUUGAUGUACUUCCUGGAAUCAGAUUGGUGGCUGCCUUGGAAUCCCCUGGCGCAGCAGUCAGAUGCCAGUCUUCACGGCUACGGACUGGCAAGGGCCUUUUGGCCGCGGGAGCUGGUGGAGUCAGUCGGGCGCGUGCCUGAGCGAGCCCGCUUUCGCCGGCGCUGCGCGCACAGUGCCCGCGAGGCUGCGCUCUGUGCAGCUGGAUUCAGCAUGAGCGAGAGUGGAAAAUGGGAACUCAAGGGCCUUCCUGAAGAUGAGGAGGAGCUGGGCCAGUGGGGCGUUGCGAGGGACUUCCCGGAGGUGCCCGCCCGGGGGCUCCGCGCAAGUCUGCGGGAGCCCUGCUUCGCAAGAGCCUGGCAGCACCCUGAGGGCAUCCUGACCUUAGAGGCCCGAGCCCUGCUGUUGGAGCUCGAGGGCUCCCAGGCGGGCUCAGAGCGGGUUCCCGCCUGGUCCGCGCCUGAGCGGGUAGCCGGUGGCGCCGCGGCCCGCGAUGCUGCCUGUGCGCCCGCGGACGCCAGGCGGGCGUGGCCGCCGCCUCGGCCCCCUGCAGGUCAGACAGGGCGCGAGGCCAGGGGCGGGACGCCAGCGCACACGGCAGCUGGCGCCGUCCCGCCUGAGGCCUGGCCUGGGGACGUCUGCCCAGGGUCAGGAGGCAGGAUGCCCGCGGCAGCUUGCCCCUUUGCCGCCAGUCGCGCCGCGGCCCGUCAGCUGGGCGAGUCGGAGCUCCUGAGGACAGCGGUGCAGGGCCGUCUCCUGCCGCGGAGCCUGGAGCAGAUGGCGGAGGACCUGAAGGAGGUGCCUGUGCCAGUUGGGCCCGCUCAGGGAGCGCGAGAGAGCGACGGCUCCUCCGGCAGCGGGAGCUCCGAGCCCGAGGUCGAGACCGGCGCCGCGCGGCAGCGCAGGCUCGCGCAGUCGCACGGGCGCCUUGCCCGCCACUACGGGAUGACCACUGGCAAGAAGGGGCCCCCUUACCUGGAGAGGGAGGCCGCGUGGAUCCCGCCGCUGCGCGAGUACCAGAGGGCUGCGAACCUUGGCGAGGUCAUGGAGAGCAGGGACGAUUCCAUGGUGAUCUCGGCGUUGGUUGGCCAGCUGACCGGACUGCACCAGACUGGGACUCACCCCUUCUGGGCCGAGAGGCUGAUGGUCGGCGGCCUGCACUUCAACCCCGACAUGUCGAGCUACGGUGCCCGGCGCCUCCCCCCGGGCUGGAGUUUCUGGACUCUGAGGCUCUUCCCGGAGGAGAAAGGCCCGUGGGAGAGAGCGGGCCUGGUGGGGGUGUCGCUAGAGUCAGACUCGCCCUGGAUGCGCUUCUUGGGCCCUGUGCUGAGUCACAUGAAAAAGGAGAUGCACCCCGUGUACCCAUGGAACUUCACGUGCCCAGAGUACCGCAGGAUGUUCAGCCUACGUCUCCAAGACCUGCCAGCAAGAGCCGAGUUGGUGCCGUAUCAGGUCUGCCUUUCAAGGGCCUUGGUAUGCAUGGCGAGGAGGUGGGGGCGGCUGGCCGAGGUGCAGACACGCUGGCAGUGGAGAGCCAAGCGCAGCGUCGUCCGCUACGAGAAGCACGCGCGCCUGGCAGCCACGUGGACAGCUCGGAGCCGAACGGUGCAAAAAGUGUUCCUGGUCUGCGGGGCUCAGCUCGCGGACAUCAUUUUGGAUCGCGCCUCGCCGCUCGACUUGCGGGAGCUCGACCGCGUCUGA